AUGAAUAAACAAGUGUGCAACAUACUCAUUUCUACAAGUAACUCGUUUUCCAGUAGUUUGGACAGUAAAAAAAACUAUCAAUUUAAUAUGAAUGAAGGAAUUUUUAGUAAGUAUUGUACUAGUAACAACUGUAGUACUAAUCACGAAAAAAUUAAUGCUGGAUUUUUAUAUUUGUUUGAUGCAUUCUUUAAGGAUUCUAAAUUGUUUGAAUCUGUUACAAAAAGUAACAUAAAUAUUGUUGAAUACAUUAUGAUAUGGUUAAGUAAAAUAUUAAAACUAAUCGAACCUAAAGAAAACGAGAGUCUAGAUUUUUUAUAUGAAAUAUAUAUAAAGAAUGAUGAUAGGUAUAAAAAUACUAUAAACAAAAUUGAAGGUUGUAGUAAUUAUAAAGAACUUAUAGAUAAAACAAAAAUGAUGAAAAUGGAUAUUAAAGAUAUAUCUAAAUUAUAUGAUGCAUUUACUACAUUAUGUAUGAUGUAUAUUGAAUUUAAUGAAACAAGUCCAGAUUGCAAGAAUUGUUUGAAACGUGCUGAAACAUUUGUUAAACAGUAUAAUCAACUUAAUAACAAUUCUGAUAUUUCUAAUGAUAGUCCAUAUUAUAGAUUAUUGUCUACACUAUCAAAUGAUUAUGAUAAUUUUAAAAAGAAUUAUAGUGAUGUUAAAUGUUCCAAUUCUUCAUCCUUUCCAAAGAUAGAAAAACCAAAAAAUUAUGUACAAAGUUUUGGAGGUGAUGAUGAACAAACUGUACAAAUAUUAGAACAAAUUUCUGAAGAUGCAUCAAGUUCAUCGAUAACUAACAGAUUAUUUAUAGUUUUAUCGAUAUUUGGCGCAAUAGCAUUUUUUUUAGGAAUUUCUUACAAGUAUUCGUUAUUUGGAUUUCGGAAACGAUUUCAAAAACAAAAAUUAAGAGAAAAGCUAAAAAAUAUAAAGAAGAGAAUGAAUCAAUAA